CUAAGAAUGGUAUUCCCAGUAUUGAGAACUUGGCAACUAAGAAGCAAGGUUAAGAACGAGACACCUGCGUCUUUCUUGCCAGUCUGUCUCCGUGCGCGUAAGGAGACUUAAGUCACAAGCUGAGGAUAUCUUCAACGAAAAAAUGAAAUUGCUUGGAUGUGUGGUGCUCUUCCUCGCGACGGCCCAGGCACAAAUUACAUUCCCCGGUGAGCCCAAGGACGUUGACAGUAAGCUCAACAAUGUACUAUCAGUGGAAAACCGCCAGAACUUUAACUUUCUUACCUCUAACUUUGCCAACGGCUGCAGAACCCCCGAGGGACAGGGAGGCACUUGUGGACCACUGAGUCAGUGUCGGAGUUACGCUGACCUCUUUGGUCAGAUCAGUCAGCCACAAGUCCUCCAGUUCCUCAGGCGUCGCAUAUGCAGAUUCUUGCCGAGGACAGUGUACGUGUGUUGCGCUCCAGGGAGACCAGGCUCUCCUGGGCGCUCAGCUCCCAUCCCUCCUGGGCGCCCAGCUCCCAUCAAGAACAUCAUUCCAUCGGAGAGUGUCUGUGGUACUCCCUCCGGAGAUAGGGUUGUCGGAGGCGACAUAAUUGAAUAUCCUGGGCGUUGGCCGUGGCUGGCGGCCAUAGGGUUUCGGCAAGCAGACGGCUCCUUCCGUACCGACUGUGGUGGCACUCUCAUCACCCAGCACCACGUGCUUACGGCUGCCCACUGCUUUAACGAGCCUGGCAAGAGAGACCCGGAAGAUAUACGGCUCGGGGAAUUCAGCCUGACCCGAUCAAACGACGACGCAGCUCCGCAAGACUUCAGGAUCGCCAGCCGCAUCGACGGUGGAUACAACCGAAGGACCAAGGAAAAUGACAUCAUGCUGCUCAUUAUGGACCGCGACGUCCAGUUUAUUGAUAAGAUCGCCCCAGCGUGUCUUCCCUUCAACGAGCGCAACAACAAUUUCGAAGGAAGCCGCCUUACUAUCGUAGGCUGGGGGAGGACAACUUUUGAGAGCAGAACACUCUCUGAUGUGCCCAUGGAGGCAAAGGUGCCGGUGGUGGACACCCGCACCUGCAGCACCUCCUACCAGGCAGUUCAGGGAGACAAGCCUGUGGUGGACCAGAGGCACCUGUGCGCCGGCUCCGGCACCCAGGACUCGUGUAGUGGUGACAGCGGAGGACCUCUCAACUACAGGGGUGCCAAUGGCAAGUACUACGUAGUGGGCAUCGUGUCCUUCGGUGUCGGGUGUGCUCGACCAGAGUUCCCCGGAGUCUACACACGCGUCUCCUCCUUCCUCGACUGGAUCGUUAGAAAUGCCCAAUAGUACACGGAACGUUGUUAUUGUAGAUGCCACAACUACAAUCUCGUUGUUCUUGUGGUUAAUGUACAUUAUGUAAUUGAUGCGUAUUUAUGUUUUCUCGUCCAUCGCUUAAUUAGGUAUAAUUCUAAAAGAGAGAAAAUUAUAUUUUAGUAUAGGGAGGUAGGUAAGGAAGAAAGGGGAAAUACUAAGUAAACAAUGGAACACAUAAGUGCAUAUUUAAUGGGUGCGAAUUUACUCGCUUCUCAAAGCGAAUAAAUCAAAGAAAUCAAAGACAAAAGAGAGAUGUAGAUAAAAUAAACACAAUUAAAAUGUAGACUCGACAAAAAAUUUUUAAAAGACAGAACUCGUAUCGUCAGGUAAUAAUACUGGUUUUGCAGUAUGUGGUGUCACUAGAAGAUUGCCAUAAAACCAAAACUAGUCUUUUAUUAUUACUUUACUAAUAUCGUUAAAUGAAUUUUUGUUAAUAAUCCUGUUUAAGCUAUAUAUGCACUACAGAGAAGAAGCAGGGCAUAGAAGCCUAUCACACUAGCAGAGAAUAAGACCAAACAUCACUGGGUUUUCAAGACAAGAGGUAAAGGAUGGGAACGCAGAUCCCAGUAAUUUAUGGUGCAUAGUUAUCAAUAAUGAAUCUGUCUUAAAGUUAAUAUAGUAAAUGUGAACCAUAUAUAUAUAUAUAUUUGGAAAUUGUAUGGUGCAUUAUAUUCUACCAUGAAAUAAGAAUGCAUCUCCAAUUAGUUUCAGAGCUUGCAAAUCUCAUUAGUUAUCCCUUAUUUAACUUGAAAGAUAAAUAGUUAUAACUAUUUAUCUUUCAUGUUUUCUGUUACUUGUGGGCAUUAUCUCUACAAAUCUUAAUGCAUUUGUGUAAAUCUUGGUGUGUAUAUAUCUGUUCCUUUCAUCACAGAUGGGAGUGCAGUGAGCUCAAGGGAUGUAUCAUUAAAUAAAUAAAAAACUCUA